AUGGAACCUGGCGAUCCCUCCGACCUUGCCGCCCAGGAAGCCGCUGCGAGGGACUAUCAACCACACCUCGAGGGUCCAUUGGUGGGCGACAAGAUUACGAGCGAAGCCAUCACCGACGAGUAUGCCAAGGCCGACGACAUUUACAUUGCCAAAACCAUUAGUCUCCCCCAAACGUACUCGCAUUACCGACCUAUUCAAGGCGACGGCAACUGCGGCUGGCGAGCAAUUGGAUUCUCCUACUUCGAACAUCUCGUCAACAAUGGCGACCAGCACCAAAUUCUCGGAGAGGCCGCACGUAUCCAGAGUCUAGACCAGUACCUGUUGCGCGUCGGCGGCUACGAUCGGAUGCUGUUCGAGGACAUGGUGGAGGAGACGAUCGCCUUGCUGAAAGACCUGGCCCAGAACAUCGCCAACCCGCAACUCGCCAUGCACAUUCUGGUCCAGCGCUUCAAUGACCAGGACAUCUCCAAUGCCAUCAUCUACCACCUCCGUUUGUUGGCGAGCUCAUGGCUGAAGGGGAACCCCGAAUCCUACGAGCCCUUCAUCCCCGCCGAGACGGGUAUUGCCGGGUACUGCGGCGAGCUUGAGCGCCCAAACAGAGAGAUUGAGCAUCUCGGCAUCACUCUCCUUGCCCAGGUCUUGCUGAAGCCUGUCAACUUCGUGCUGGAAAUAGCCUAUCUCGACCGCAGCCCCGGGAGCCAGGUCAAUAUCUACCGCUUCCCCGACGAGGCCAACGGCCAGGAUCUCGCCAACCUGGGCCCCAUCAUUUACCUGCUAUACCGGCCCGACCACUACGACAUUCUCUACAAGUCUGCGCCAGGCCCUGCUCCAUUGAAUCUGCAGGUCAACCGGGUCGCUUCGUUUUCUCACCGGCACGAGAUUGCGAGUGUCGCGCCAACCCUUCAUAGUUACACGAAUCUCGAUUACGGCCCAUUGGCCAUGCUACCUGGCUUUGGCGGCCCGGCUUCCGGCUUGUCAUCGGGCUUGUCCUCGCUAGGUUCCCCCACCUCGAACUCGCCUUUGCCAGACGCUUUUGACCCGCCGACACAUCCCUCGUGGCUGCCAUCGCCGUAUUCAGACCAUAUGCAGCAGCAGCAGCAGCAGCAACAGCAACCCGUGGCGCCCCCCCGGCCACAUCCUCAGUCGGCGCCUCAGUCGCAGCCACCAACGCCUGCUCCCACAAAGUCCUCACAACCUGUCGAUUACCAGCUGAGGUUUAGUCACCAGUGCUGGCAUCUGAACAAUACCAGCUCGGCACAACCUUCGCUUCUCUCUCCCCCUUCGGGUUUCCAGGAGCCCAGCUUCACAACAGCCAUGUUCAAAAACAGUCAUUUUAACAAGGCACACUACAACAAUCCCCAUUUUCACCCCGAAGAGUGGACGCCCGACGAUGAAGGUCACCACGAGAAGGUCCCGAGUGCUAAAAAGAAGGGCAAACUUAGGGCGGAUAACUAG